GAAGAAACAAUGCAAGAGUACAUCCUGGAACAGUCAAGACAUCAUGAAGUGUUUGUGAAAUACAAACGUAAAUCAAUUUAACUAAAAUGCAGAGGGAGGACAAACCCAGCCUGCUGCUCUCCUUCCACACUGAGCCCAAACAGAUGUUACUGGAUUUGGAUUGUGAAAUUGAAGCUCAGGGGGCAUUGGGGGAUUCAGAGAUGACAUCAGUAAAGCAGGAAAACAAAAGUCAAACACUUGGACAGAAUGUUACCAUUAAAGAUGAAGAGGAGGAGACAGAUUGGGUUAUCAUUAAUAAUGGAGAGGGAGAUUUACUCACUCAAGAUGGGAUUCCUGAAGUGGAGAAGCUUGGAGGGAAACACCAGAAAGACUAUAAGCAUAAGAAGUUUCCCCAUUUUGAAUUUUUUUUAUCAUCACUAUCACAGUUAAAAAGACACAUUAAUAUACAUACAGAUGAGAAGCCUUUCUGCUGUUCUGACUGUGGGAAGUGUUUCAUUAGAUCAUCUGAUUUUACGAAACAUCAGAAAGUGCACUCGGGUGAGAGGCCUUACUCUUGUUCUGACUGUGGAAAGAGUUUCUCUCAAUUAGGCCACCUUAAAGUUCACCAGCGCAUACAUUCUGGUGAAAAGCCUUACUCCUGUUCUGACUGUGGGAAGUGUUUCUCUCAAUUAGGUCACCUUAAAGUUCACCAGCGCAUACAUUCUGGUGAUAAGCCUUACUCCUGUUCUGACUGUGGGAAGUGUUUUAUAAGAUCAUCUGAUCUUAGUAGUCAUCAAAGACUGCACACAGGUGAGAAACAUUUCUCCUGUUCUGUCUGUGGGAAGAGUUUCUCUCGAUUAGGUAACCUUAAAUUUCACCAGCGCAUACAUACUGGAGAGAAGCCUUACUCCUGUUCUGACUGUGGGAAGUGUUUUAUAAGAUCAUCUGAUCUUAGUAGUCAUCAGAGAGUGCACACAGGUGAGAAACCUUUCUCCUGUUCUGACUGUGGGAAGAGUUUCUCUCAAUUAGGGCACCUUAAAGUUCACCAGUGCAUACAUUCUGGUGAUAAGCCUUACUCCUGUUCUGACUGUGGGAAGUGUUUUAUAAGAUCAUCUGAUCUUAGUAGUCAUCAGAGACUGCACACAGGUGAGAAAUAUUUCUCCUGUUCUGACUGUGGGAAGAGUUUCUCUCGAUUAGGUAACCUUAAAUUUCACCAGCGCAUACAUACUGGAGAGAAGCCUUACUCCUGUUCUGACUGUGGGAAGAUUUUCUCUCAAUUAGUUCAUCUUAAAUUUCACCAGCGCUUGCAUACUGGUGAAAAGCCUUACUCCUGUUCUGACUGUGGGAAGUGUUUUAUAAGAUCAUCUGAUCUUACUAGUCAUCAGAGAUUACACACAGGUGAAAAACCUUUCUCCUGUUCUGACUGUGGGAAGAGUUUCUUUCGAUUAGGUAUCCUUAAAUUACACCAGCGCAUACAUACUGGAGAGAAGCCUUAUUCAUGUUCUGACUGUGGGAAGUGUUUCUCCCAAUUAGGUAGCCUUAAACGUCACCAGCGCGUACAUACUGGAGAGAAGCCUUACUCCUGUUCUGACUGUGGGAGGAGUUUCUCUCAAUUAGGUCACCUUAAAGUUCACCAGCGCUUGCAUACUGGUGAAAAGCCUUACUCCUGUUCUGACUGUGGGAAGUGUUUUAUAAGAUCAUCUGAUCUUACUAGUCAUCAGAGAUUGCACACAGGUGAGAAACCUUACUCCUGUUUGUACUGUGGGAGUAGUUUCUCUCAAUUAGGUAACCUUAAAAUUCACCAGCGCAUACAUCCUGGAGAGAAGCCUUACUCCUGUUCUGACUGUGGGAAGUGUUUUAUAAGAUCAUCUGAUCUUACUAGUCAUCAGAGAUUGCACACAGGUGAGAAACCUUACUCCUGUUUGUACUGAGGGAGUAGUUUC